GUGAUGCGCCGUGUCCCCGCGUCCGCCAGGGGGCGCCGCGCCGCCAGAGAUGGCGGGUCCGCGGACCCGGGUCCGCUCCCGGCCCGCGGGACGAGCGGCGCUGCCGCGGGGAUGCCGAGCCCGCCGGCCCCCGCCCGCCCGGACACCGCCGCCGCUCCCCGCGGCGCGCCCGGACAGGCCCCCAGGGGCUCCCCUCCGCUCCCGCCAGCGUGUCCUUGGCUUCUCCGAGGAGUCUCCUCCGCCUGCCCCCGCCUGUCCGGGAGCCUCCACCGGGAGGAGGAGGAGGGAGUAGCGGCGGCGGCGGAAAGCGGGCUGCGAGCCCUGCUGGGUCGGGUUACAGGGAGCCACGGAGCGGCGGCGAGGCGGCGGGGCGGGCGGGGACCGCCUGCGGGGCGGCCGCCGUGCCGCCGGCGCCCCCCCGGGGCUCCCCGUCGCUCCCCGCCCCGCGCGGAGGCGCGGCGGGCGCCUCGCCGGGCCCCGCUGCAGCUGCCGAGCCGCGCCGGACAGCGGGAGAGGGCGCGGGCAGGCAGGUGCCCUCCUCCCGAACCGCUCCGCUUCCCGCCGCUGGCAUCCCCGCCGCGCCGCACGGCGCUGGGCAGCGUCGCCCAGGCAGCUCCCGGGGUCGCCGCCGCCGCCCGCCGCCGGGGGCAGCCCCGCCGCCCCGAUGGCCCCCGCCGCCCCGCCGCCGCCCCUCCCUCGCCGCCGCCGGCCGCGGCGGCCCUAGGGGCGUCGGGGCCCUGCGCUGCCCCGCGGAGGGGAGGCGGAGGCGGCGGCGGCGGGGCGGGGGCGGAGGCGGAGGCGAGGGGGCGGUGGAGCGGUAGCGGAGCGGCGGCGGAGCGGGAGCCGGCGGCGGCGAUGGACGAGUCGUCGCUGCUGGACCUGCUGGAGUGCUCCGUGUGCCUAGAGCGUCUGGACACCACGGCCAAGGUGCUGCCGUGCCAGCACACCUUCUGCCGCCGCUGUCUGGAGAGCAUCGUCAGCUCCCGCCACGAGCUGCGCUGCCCCGAGUGCCGCAUCCUGGUGGGCUGCGGCGUGGACGAGCUACCCGCUAACAUCCUCCUCGUCCGCCUCCUAGACGGCAUCCGGCAGCGGCCCCGCGCCGCCGGGGGCGCCAGCGGCAGCCCCAGCACCGCGGCCCCCACGUACCCCCAGCCCGCCGCCGCUCCCAGCGCCGUCGCCGCCGCCGCCGCCUCGGCCGCCGCCAGCCUGCGGGAGCUGGCUGCCGCCAGCCGCAGCGCCCUGCUGGGAAAGAAUGUUUCUCAGCUUCCCUAUGGCAAAGCCCUCUACACAUAUGAGGGAAAAGAGCCUGGUGACCUCAAGUUUAACAAGGGGGACAUCAUCAUACUGCGGCGGAAGGUGGACGAGAAUUGGUACCACGGGGAGCUCAAUGGGAACCACGGCUUCUUCCCUGCCAGCUACAUCCAAUGUAUCAAGCCUCUCCCGCAAGCUCCACCUCAGGGCAAAGCACUUUACGACUUUGAAAUAAAGGAUAAAGAUCAAGACAAGGAUUGCCUGACCUUCACCAAGGAUGAAAUUUUGACGGUCAUCAGGAGAGUGGAUGACAACUGGGCAGAAGGAAUGCUGGGUGACAAGAUUGGCAUUUUCCCUAUCCUCUAUGUUGAGCUGAAUGAAUCGGCCAAGCAGCUCAUCGAGAUGGACAAGACUUGCUUGGCUGCUGCCUCUGGCUGUGACAUGCCGGUGGUGACAGAGACGGCGGCAGUGGCGGCGGCGGCAGCGGUGGGUCUGGCGCCGUGCUCCACACUGGCCGGUGCUGGGGCAGCUGGGGCGGCCCAGCGGCAGGUGGAAGGCAAGAAGAAUGCCAAGAAGCGCCACUCCUUCACUGCCCUCAGCAUGACACACAAGUCCUCCCAGGCUGCCAGCAACCGGCACUCCAUGGAGAUCAGUGCCCCCGUUCUCAUCAGCUCCAGCGACCCACGGGCGGCUGCCAGGAUCGGGGACCUCACCCACCUCUCCUCCAGUGCCCCAGCCCAGGAUUCCUCUUUGAUUGGAACAGCCACAGUGGCUGGUCCCAGGACAAGUGCAAUAAUUGGAGAUCAGGGAACACCACCGAAGGUCCAGCUCCCCCUCAAUAUCUACCUAGCCCUGUAUGCCUACAAGCCCCAGAAGAACGAUGAGCUGGAGCUCCGCAAAGGUGAGAUGUACCGGGUCAUUGAGAAGUGCCAGGACGGCUGGUUCAAGGGGACAUCUCUAAGGAGUGGGAUGUCCGGUGUCUUCCCAGGCAACUAUGUGACACCUGUCUCAAGGGUGCCAGUGGGAGCUGGGCAGCCCAGGAACAGCGGAGCUGGAGGAGUUCCAACAACAAAAGUAGCUCCAGGAGCCAUCCACCCCAUCGGGGCCAGUCACACCAAUGUCACCACAACUGUCAGACCAGUUGUUCCUAUCACCACUCCCCAGACGCAUCCCCAGCUGCAGGCAGCCUCCCCACAGCUGAAUAACUGCCUGCGGUACUCAGCUCAGCAGCCAGCCAGCCAGCCCCGCAGCACCAUGCAAAUAGCCCACCCCACGGUGCCAGCCCCGGACCGACCCACCGCCACAGUGUCACCCCUGCGGACGCCCAGCUCGCCCUCCCGCCUGCCCGCAGCCGCCAUUCGGCCUCACCCCGCCGUGUCCCCCCAGCACGGCCACCAGCCGCCCGCACCAGGGGCCCGGCCCCUCAUCCCCCUCACCUCCGCCGCCGCCGCCAUCACCCCGCCCAACGUCAGCGCGGCCCACCUCAAUGGGGAGGUGGGCAGUGGGCCCCUGUGUGCCCCCGUCACCCCUGGACCUGCCAGCAAAGCUGAGGAGAGGAAGAACGAGAAGAAGGAGAAGAAGAGCGGGCUGUUGAAACUUCUAGCAGGAGCAUCAACAAAAAAGAAGUCGCGCUCCCCACCUUCUGUGUCCCCCACGCAUGACCCCCAGACAGCCAUCGAAGGAGUUCUGCAAGGAGCAGUGGGACCUGAGCUCUCCUCUCUCUCCAGUCAUGGCCGAGCUGGCUCAUGCCCUAUUGAGAGUGAAAUGCAAGGAGCUAUGGGAUUGGAGCCUCUGCACAGGAAAACAGGCUCCUUGGAUUUGAAUUUUUCCAUCCCUUCUCCUGCCAGGCCACCCCUCUCUUCCAUGGCAGCUAUUCGGCCAGAGCCCAAGCCUUUACCCCGGGAAAGGUACCGUGUUGUGGUCCCAUACCCACCACAGAGUGAGGCUGAAAUCGAACUGAAGGAAGGUGACAUUGUGUUUGUGCACAAGAAGCGGGAGGAUGGCUGGUACAAAGGGACGUUGCAGAGGAAUGGCAGGACGGGCCUCUUCCCUGGGAGCUUUGUCGAGAGCUUCUGAGGAUGAAUCGCCGCUCUCUCAACUGAGGAGCUUUCAGGGGAAACUGCAUAGCACAAGAAGAGACAGCAAAGAGAAACUGGACUGAUAACCACUGCCAUUUUUAUUUCCAAAGACUUCCCCCAGGCCCUUCAGUCUGCAGCUCUGGAGACACAGCGCCCGCUGUGCUCCCGAGACCGUGUGCGGUGCAUACAGUGGUAUGUUGAAGUAGUGCCUUCCACCUGGAAUCACAGACUGAAAGGAUGCCCAUCUGGACUGUAGUAACCUAAACUCUGGCUGUUAACUCUUUGUGUAAAUUAUAGAGAAGAUAUCUUUAAAAAAAAUUAAGAGGAAAGCUGUUAUAUUGCUGUAACUUAUUUGUCAGACUGCAGUGUUCUUAUUACUGGCCUAUGCAAGAUGGAUUUGAGAGUUCAAGAAAGUGUGGUAGGAAGCUCUUAAACUGGGAUUUUGUUUUUCCCAAGGGAAAAAGAGGGAGGGGAAGGUGGAGAAAACCCCAGCUAAAGAUCAGUGCAUCGUUGUGCAGGAAAGAAUGAGGAGUCCAAAAUGUUAAUGUCAUGCUUUCUAUAUACCUCAGAGAUAUGCUGCGCAAGUUUUUCGGUGAGUGUGUUAGUGCUCAGAGUCCCAUACCACCUGGUGUCCUGGCGCUGCUGCCGGGGAAGUCCUGGAGGAAGUACAGCUCCACCAUUAAACUGUGGUUAUUUGAGCAGAAUCCCUUUUGCCUGUUUUCUGCCCUUAUUAUAUGCAGCAUGGAUUUUUGUCCUUUGGUAUCACUUUCCAUUGCUUUUUUGUACAACGUACCUUUUUACUGUAAGAAUUGCUCUACUUUAUAUAUAUUCCUACUAGAUCAGACAUUUCCUCUUUUCAUACAUCUGGUGCUAUUUUUUUUAAUUGUUAAAGAUUUGGUUAAACAGAGAGGCUGCGACAAGAUUUGCAUUCAACAUAUGAAAUUAGAAGUGUACCUGGAGAUCGAGAUCAGACUGCUUGUUCUUGCUUCAUAGAGGAAAAAAGAAAAAAGCUGCAUGGCCACCAAUAUACCUGGGGGAGCGUGCCUGUGCAACAUGCACACGCUUGCUCUCUCCUACGUAUUUAGAGUGGCUGAAGGCCCACGCUGAAGCACAGCAUUCUGUCUGGAGAGUGAUAAUGACUCCAGAAUUGGAAGCAAUUCCCAGAGGAGUUGUUUUAAUUGACUUUUUCAUGGCAAUAAGAAGAACACUGCAGGUUCUAGCACACACAAGGACUGUGGAGUUUUCCUCUGUCGUUGCAUGAUGGAGACAAGAGCUGAUCUGCGACAAGCUGUAAUUAGCAUUAUUGAAAUGUGAUUUCUUACUGUAGAAAUGUACAGUUCCGGAUACUGUUGGAUUUCUUAACGUGGUCAAGCUACAAUACAAACCGUAUCAGGCAAUAUAAGCUUCCAUCUACCAGGGACUUAAAGGUGCAAUAAAUGUAAAGUGAGUUUAGCCAGUUAUUUGAAUGAAACAGAAUAAGAAAAAAAUGCCGUAAUGCAAUUGUGAGGGUAUUUAAAAAGACAUCAGCUCUUGAGGAAUGAAUGGUGAUGAAAGGCUUUUCAUAGCUGUAUCCAUACCUUGCCUCUGACAGCAGCUGGCUGUUUGCCAAAGCCCACAUGUGGUGGGUGUUUAAAAGCCUGUCGGAGGCACCGUAACCUGGAGAUGAUCUUAUUAAAGGGAAGAGGCCCAGUGGGUGAACAUCAUUACUGCGUUACAAGUAUUUCAUAUGUGAAGGUGUAAGUUUUGUUUUCAUUCAAGCCGUGUGUACUAGUACAUAUCAAAACCCAUGUAAGUGAGGAUUCCUAUUUAAGUUCAACUCUGUGACUUUGUUCUCUGUAAAAUAAGUUCUUCUUGCUAUCACAUGUAACAAACCAAUUCCAGAAACACAGUCCAUGGCCAAGUAUAGCACCUUCAAACAGGGAGGCCUCAUUUUCAGGGUGUUUCUUUAUAUACUUAAUGUUGCCGCAUUUGUUGAUAUUCCAGAUCGUAAUGAAUCAGCCACUAAAAAUUUAGUUACUGUAGAGAGGAAAUUGCUUUUUUAUAACCAGUAAGAGACUGAGGAAAUGUCUUCUGGAAAGACUUGAUUGAGACUAGAGCCAUAUCUGUUCCACUUAUUUGGUCCAGGUCAGAAUUGGUGUCACUGCACCUCAAACAGUAAACUGCAAACUGCACAGUUAGCGAGUCAGAAACACCAAAAUGUGUGUUAUUGAAUCCAAUAAGAAUUCUGGUUUAGACCUGUCAGAAAUGAGAUUUUUUUCUGACAACUUACAGUGGUUAAAGCCCUCUUAAAAUCCUGUUCCAUGGUGUAUUUACUACAGUCAGAAAAAUGAAACAGGAUGGCAGCUUGCUUGCUGCCUAUUCUGUUUAGCCAGAUCUAAAAUGGUUCCAGAUUUCCACCUUUUCAUGCUUAACUCUAACAGGACAAAAGUUGGUGUGUGAGAAGAUCAAAGAAAACAUGCAGAUGUCAUAUUAUUAAAUCAAUGCUUUGAAAUAUAUUUUGCAGGGAGGAUGAUGGGGUUUUUUAAAUGGUCAAAACCCUUUCAGUCCUUCCUCCUGCAAGGAAAAAUAUAGAGGGGGAGGGGAUGUGUUCUGUUUGAUAGCAGCUGUUUCUGGCCUCUGUUUAUUGUUUAUCGUCACAGUUUGGGUUACUGAGUAAUCUUCUUGGACAAAUCACUUCCAUGCCAGGAGCACAAGUAUUAAAGUGAACUUAAAACAGCUCAGUGAUACAAAAAUAUGACCCAGUGCCAUUCAAAAAGUCCUGGACUGAGAGGUUCAGCUCAUUCUGUGGUCUAAUUUUUAUCUGUCAUGUCAGGAAAAGGGGGAGGAGGGGGCGUCUGCAUCUCCUGUAACAGAGCAGGGAAAAGGAAAGAUUCCUUCUGGUGGCCUCAGUUUGUAAAAUGCCAGGUUUGCUCUUCUAGAAGUGGGUUCAAGUAAUUGAACAAUUCCUUUGAACUUUGCACAGCUCAGAAAAUGUUUUUGUUAUACAUGAAUGUUAACGUGGUUUAGGAAGUGUUGGCAGAUAUGAGUACAAAUGAACUAUAAUGACUGUGUUUCUGAUUCUUUAAAUAAAAUAAACAUUAAGGCAACUUGA